AUGGACCUCAAAACAAUGAUUUCUCUUCUGUUGCUGCUGCUUGUGGGCCUCUGUAAGGCUCACCCUGCCAAUGAACAUGAAGCUGAUAGUGAGCUUUCUGUGGAAACAUCCACCGAGGACAUGAGCACAACUAUUCUGAGGAUGAACAAUGGAACUGAUUUCCUGUUGGAAGGAGAUUUGGAGAUUCCAAAGACGAGGAAUGCUAUGAAGUGCUUUAAUAAAGAAUAUAGCUGUCUUUGGCCAAAGUCUGCUAAUGGAAAUGUGGAAGUCCCUUUUACUAUAAGCGAGAAAUACGAUAACAAUGAGAGGAACGAGAUUCUAAAUGCCAUGAGAGGCUUCGCAACAAAAACCUGCAUUCGCUUCGUUCGACGUAGGAAUGAGAGGGCUUACAUAAGAAUUGAACCGAGAUUUGGGUGUGCCUCUUUACUGGGUCGUGUUGGAGACUUGCAGACACUGUCACUGCAGCGGUUUGGCUGUGUAAGCUACGGCAUCAUCCAGCACGAGCUGAUGCAUGCGCUGGGUUUCUACCAUGAACACACUCGUCCAGAUCGCGACCAGUAUAUUAAAAUCCAUUGGGAAAACGUCUUGGAGCAUUUAACCUUUAACUUCAAAAAGAAGGACUCUAAUACUCUCAACCUUCGGUAUGACUACACCUCUGUGAUGCACUAUGGAAGAAAUUACUUUGGGAAGCGAGGAUCAGAAACUAUAACUCCCAUCCUUGAUCCCAAUGCUCCUAUCGGCAAGGCGAAGAGCCUCUCUGCCUUCGACAUUCACAAAAUCAACCUGCUCUACAAAUGCUGGAAUUACAUAGGAUAG